CUUUUUUUUUUCCACUACCAAUCUACACACCUUUAUUGGAUUUCUCAUGGAGAAUCAGUCUCUCAAAUCAGAAUCCUUCAUGCAAAAAGAAUUGCCAACUUGUUAUAAACAAGUAGCCAUAGAAUCAUUAUCAAGAUUUUUGGGAGAUUUAAAUCAUGAGAGUUCUAUAAAUUCUUCAACAAAGUUUCUUCCUCUUAAUUUCCAUCAAAAUGGAUCAUCAUCAUCAUUAUCAACUUCUUCAAGUUCUCAACAUCAUCAAGAUCAAGGGAAUAACAAUAUUAUCCCUAUAAAUAAUUUUCUUGAAUCCUUUCAUCAUCAUCAUCAAGUUCUUGAUCAUCAUACAUGUUCUUCUUCUUCACCAAGUUCACUACCAAGUAAUUACCCAACUUUAGGGUUGUUUUUGCAAGAGCCUUCCAUUUUAGAGAUUUCAAAAAGGGCAGCUGAAUCUCUAAGAAACAAGAGCCACAAAUCAUCAUCCGCGGCGUUAUUCCCUAUGUCUUCAUCACUAGGUCAUGAAAGCCAAAUUCAUUAUCAGGAGACUGCAACUACAAAUUCAACAAAUUGGUUGAAAAUGAAUCAAACCAUAACAAAUUGUACCACCACAAAAGGUUUUAGUGAUUAUUGGCUUAGCACUACAAAAACUCAACCAAUGAAAUUCAAAGGAUCAUCAAGAAAAUCAUCACUUAUUGAUUAUGAAAAGUCUUCUUCUUCUAUGAUCGUGUCCCAAGGGAAGCUUUUUAGAGGAGUAAGGCAAAGGCAUUGGGGAAAAUGGGUGGCAGAAAUAAGGUUACCAAGAAAUAGGACAAGGGUUUGGUUAGGAACAUUCGAUACUGCUGAAGAAGCUGCUUUUGCUUAUGACACUGCGGCUUAUAUGCUAAGAGGUGAUUAUGCACACUUGAAUUUCCCACAUUUGAAGAAUCAAUUGAAGGCUAAUUCCAUCAAUGGGAACACAGCAUCACUCCUUGAAGCGAAAAUUCGAGCAAUUUCAGCACAAUCAAAAAAGGCAAAUAAUAAUAUUAUUGAUCGCGAUGAAAUUAAAAUAUCUCCAAAAGGGCUAUCAGAUGAAAAUUCAACGAUCAAGAACGUGAUAAAUCAGAAUCAAGAAAAGGAAAAUAAUUCUGAGAAAUUAAUGGAGAUUACUAAGGUUAAGAAUAUUAAUCAAGAAAAUGUUGAUGGUGUUCAAUUGAGUAGAAUGCCAUCUUUGGAUAUGGACAUGAUUUGGGAUGCACUUCUUGUUUCUGAUUUAUCAUGAUCCUCAAUUGAUUUUUAUUUUUAUUUGAUUUUGACCAACAUUAUUUCAAGAUCAAAAGCAUACAUGCAUAUAGUUGUUUAAUUUUAUUUUUUCCCCACUUUUUGGAAGAUCAUGUAGUGACAUUGGUUGGACUUAUUCUAUAUUAAUUUGUUGUUCAAGUGA